AUGGUUCCAAGAUUUGAUAAAGCUUUUGAAGAAGCUGUUAAAGAUCCAUCACCAGCAGACUUUGGAGCACGAUGCAGUGAAAAACAACAAUUACUAAAAAGCAAUUUAAGAACAGUCGUGUUUUAUGUUAAAGAUUUUGCUUAUGAAACGUCACAAAUACUCUACAAAGUUUUAUUAAAUCAUGUGAGUAGUUUAUUGCAAACAAUUGAUGUUUAUCAAAUUAUACAAAUACAAACAAUUAAUAAUACUAAAAGUUAUUCUAUUGUUAUUGGAUAA